UUCACAUAAACUAGUGCAGCCAGUUCCAGCAAUAGAAAACAGACCCAAUGAAUACGUAGAGAUCGUUUCUCGCGGACCGGACCGGUCGUUUGAAUGCAUGCGUCUACGAGUGUUGAGAAAAUUCCGGCUGACACGUUAAAUUGAAGACGGAUCUCAUUGAUAAUGACGACUAUUCCUUUGAUUUUGCCGCGAAGUACUCGUAAUUAAAUUAAUAUUGAAACUUCAAUAUUUGUAUAAUAAAUGUACAUCUUAUUUUAAUUUUGAAGUAUGUACGAUUAGUGAUAAUUAAAAUUUAUACACACCAAAGGGUGUGCAAUAGUAAUGAAUUACGGUACAAAUGGCGAGAGAGCAUGGUUCUCCUUGUAAAGAUAGAUUUGUAGAAUACAUGAUCUUCGCUUGGUUGCACAGUCUUUAGGAACAAUGAUUUUGAACGUCUAUAGUCGAUUGUAUAGCGAGACUUAGCGAUACUUGUUUAUAUUUGUGUGUGUGUGAUUAGACAUUUCUUAUGAGCAACCUUAAAGUUUGUUUAUCUGACAUUACUUAUUUGUUCUCGUAACGUUCUGGCACCUUCAUCUCUGCCGCUUAGUUCUCACCCGAUCCUUCAAUGUGGAAACACGUCAGCGCCGUUCAUUUCGCGCACACGCAAAUAUUCUUGCGAAUAUUAAUGUGAAUAAUCACCCAAAUGUGAAUCAAGACCUAAAUUUGGAAUGGCGUUUUGUUGUGAACGAUUCUACAUACACAAGAAACCUAUAUCAAUUGAGAUCAGAAAAGUUGAACCGAACACAGUCGCAAGAGCUAAAGUCGAAUAGGAUCGAAAUAGUCGAGCUGGGCAAUGUCGCGGGAACUGAGCCUUCUGCAUCAAUUGAGAUCAGAAAAGUUGAAUCGAAUACAAUUGAAAGAGCUGAGUUGAAUAAGAUCGAAAUAGCUUAGUCAAAUAAGACUAAAGAAGCUGAAUCAAAUAGAAUCGAAGAGGACGAAUCAAAUUAUAUUGAUGUAACAACUAUAACAGGUGAUAUUAAAAGAGUUCGACCGAGAUAUAUGUAUACAACAGAUGUAGCAAUGUCAUGCGAGAGGAAUGAAAAUUUAAGCGCCGCUGUUUGUUCAGAGGGCUUUGACGACGCCGUAGAAGAACGUAUUAUCAAUGAGGAGUACAAAAUAUGGAAGAAGAAUACACCAUUCCUCUACGAUCUUGUGAUGACACAUGCUUUGGAGUGGCCGUCUUUAACCGCUCAAUGGCUGCCUGAUGUCACUAGACCGGAGGGAAAGGAUUAUUCAAUCCACAGGUUAAUUCUGGGCACUCACACCUCCGACGAACAAAAUCAUUUGCUCAUCGCUAGCGUUCAGCUGCCAAAUGAGGACGCGCAAUUUGAUGCUUCUCAUUACGACAAUGAAAAGGGUGAAUUUGGUGGGUUCGGUUCUGUGAGUGGAAAGAUCGAGAUCGAGAUCAAGAUUAACCACGAGGGUGAAGUCAAUAGAGCGCGAUUCAUGCCGCAAAAUCCAUGCGUGAUCGCGACAAAGACCCCCUCCAGUGAUGUACUGGUAUUUGAUUAUACUAAACAUCCCAGUAAGCCGGAUCCCAAUGGGGAAUGCCAUCCGGAUUUGAGAUUGCGAGGACAUCAAAAGGAAGGCUACGGACUUUCAUGGAAUCCGAAUCUCAAUGGAUAUUUACUUAGCGCGUCUGAUGAUCACACAAUUUGUUUGUGGGAUAUUAAUGCCACACCGAAGGAAAAUCGUGUUAUCGAUGCGAAAACUAUAUUUACAGGGCACACAGCCGUGGUCGAAGACGUCGCUUGGCAUCUGCUACAUGAAUCAUUAUUUGGUUCGGUUGCUGACGAUCAAAAACUUAUGAUCUGGGACACCAGAUGCAACAAUACUAGUAAACCGAGUCAUACUGUUGAUGCUCACACCGCUGAAGUAAAUUGUCUGAGUUUCAACCCAUAUUCUGAAUUUAUAUUAGCCACUGGCAGUGCGGAUAAGACUGUAGCGCUUUGGGAUCUGCGAAAUCUCAAGUUGAAGUUGCAUUCAUUUGAAUCACACAAGGAUGAGAUCUUCCAGGUUCAAUGGUCGCCACAUAACGAAACGAUAUUGGCAAGUAGUGGUACAGACAGACGGCUACAUGUUUGGGAUCUUAGCAAGAUUGGCGAGGAACAGUCCAGCGAGGAUGCCGAAGAUGGGCCGCCCGAACUUCUGUUUAUACAUGGAGGUCAUACCGCGAAGAUCAGCGAUUUUUCAUGGAACCCGAACGAACCGUGGGUCAUCUGUUCAGUGUCGGAGGAUAAUAUAAUGCAAGUGUGGCAAAUGGCGGAGAAUAUUUAUAACGACGAGGAACCCGAGACACCCGGAAGCGAGAUUGAAACUGGCGGCUCAUAACGCGAAAUAUAAUACACCACAUUGUUUUGAGCUAUCGAUGCUCCCCGACUGAGGAUUAUAAGCGCAGCCCUAGUUGCGCCAUGUUGUUGAACAUCUCGGUGUAAUGAGUUUGAAGACAUUCCCUCUCACCAACGAACAAUAAUUCUUGCCUUUGAUUACUCAUCCAAUUAAAUUGUAGGAGAAAUGUAAAUAGAAAAAAAAAAAACGAGAUUAUUAUUUCAAAAGUUCAUAUUUUCAAAAGUUCGGCGAAUGCAUCGUGGAGAUAAAUGCAUGCUAUUUUAUUGGAUUUGACUAAACGUGUUUCUAUUUUUCCGAAAUUUUGAAAGAAAUUAAGAAUAAUUUCAAAUAUUUCGAAAGAAUAAAAAUGGCGAGUAUUAUUGUUUUACGGUGACAAAUUGGCUAUGUUAACAAUGAAUAAAAUUAAUUAGCUGGCUAAAUAGCUGUAAUAAUAACUGCUAGUUACACCAGUUAUGAGCCAUCUUCGUACGAAAAUACUAUUCUCUGUCACAGCGGAAGAGAGCUCAAAUAAGACUAGGGGAUGCCAAGUACUUUUUCUACUUCGUUUUAAGCGUGAAUAAAGAAAUGAUGUAAACUCGA